GAAACUUGAAGAGACGAAGAUAUGUGAGGAACAGAGAGAGACCCAUCACAUCAAAAUUCAACAUGAUUGGUCAAACAAAUAAGAGCAAUGUCAUGUGUUUCUUCCUGUCAACUUUUUCUUUUCGUAAAGAAAGAAAUUUGCGCUCCAACAUAUUCUCCUCAAAUCCAUGCAAUUGCAAUCAUCGCCAAUACAAAGUGCCAAAAGUUGUCCAAAAUCAAAAAAAAUAAUCCCCACCCUUUUUAUGGGCUUUCUUUCCCUUUGUUCUUUCUCCAUUAUCAACUUACUGUAUUCCCCGUGAAUGUGAUUCAUUAAUCUUUCCUCCGCUUUUCAUUCACUCUGAAUCCUACCAGAAUUAUGGGUUUCCUUGUAAUCCCGGAUUUAUCUCUUCAUCAUCACUAUUAGCAGUAGCACUCAUCUUAGCCAUUCCACCAAUUACUUCUUCAAACCAAUCACUAUGGGCAGUGGGAAGCAGAGGUGGAAGAUUUCCUUCCACAAGUCACCAUCGCCCUUGUUAUUGCUCAAGAAACAAACUCACGCUCAAGAUCAACAACCCCCUUCGAUCCCUGUUGAGUUUCUAUGUCCAAUUUCGGGCUCCAUCAUGGCCGACCCCGUCAUUGUUUCCUCGGGCCAUUCCUUCGAACGCAACUGCGUUCAUGCCUGCAUUUCUCUAUCGUUCAACCCAACUCUACCCGACGGCACCGCCUCCGAUUUCUCCACCGUCAUCCCCAACCUCGCUCUCAAGUCUACCAUUCUCAAUUGGUGCCGCCUUCACCUCGUUGACCCCCCAAAACCCAUGGAUUUUUACUACGCUGAGAAAAUCGUACGUAAAUUGAUUCCCCAGAUGCCUGAGAGUGAAUUGGCUCGGACACCAAGUGAGAUAUCCGUCGCCAGUUCAGAAGAAUCCGUGACUCCCAGAAUCGGUCGCACUACUCCUCUGCCCCUAACAACUCGACCUUCGUGUUAUUCUUCUUCUUCGUCCUGUGACAUCGAAAUUUCAGGCACGAAUUUCUCGGAAGAAGAAGAGCUCGUUGUCAAACUGAAAAGUUCUCAAAUUCACGAGCAAGAGGAGGCGUUGGUUUCUCUCCGGAAAAUGACCCGAACCCUGGAAGAGACACGUGUCCGUUUCUGCACUCCGCGGCUGCUCUCAGUGCUCAAAUCCUUAAUCAGCUCCAGAUAUUCAAGUCUGCAAGUGAACGCGGUCGCGGCUUUGGUGAACCUGUCCUUAGAGAAACAAAACAAGGUGAAGAUCGUGAGGUCAGGGAUUGUUCCACCCCUGAUUGACGUUCUAAGAGGCGGAUUCCCAGAGUCGCGGGACCAUGCAGCCGGUGCACUCUUCAGUUUAUCCCUCGACGAUCAGAACAAGACAGCCAUCGGGGUUCUAGGCGCGUUGCCUCCGCUUCUCCACGCUCUCCGUUCUGAUUCGGAGCGGACUCGGCAUGACUCUGCUCUGGCUUUAUAUCAUCUAUCUUUGGUCCAGAGUAACCGGGUUAAAAUGAUUAAACUCGGGGUAGUUCAGAUUUUGUUGGGUAUGGUGAAAUCAGGUCAUAUGUUGGGUCGAGUCAUGUUGGUUUUGUGUAAUUUGGCUGCCAGCGGAGAAGGAAGGGCGGCGAUGCUGGAUGGGGGUGCGGUAGAGUGUUUUAUUAGCUUUCUGAAUCAGGGCGAGUUUGAAUCGGAGGCAACUCGGGAGAGCUGUGUGGCUGCACUUUAUGGGCUGAGUUAUGGCGGAUUGAGGUUUAAGGGACUGGCGAAGGAGGCCGGAGCAGAGGAAGCGUUGAUGAAGUUGGAGGAAACAGGAAGCGAGAAUGCAAAAAAGAAAGUGAGGAGGAUAUUGGAGGUGUUGAGAGAGAAGCAUGAGGAGGAUGAAGACAUUAAUUGGGAGGAGUUGCUCAAUUCAGAUGAUGAUUUGAGCAGGACUCAAAGUCAAGCCGGUGGCCGGACUGGAUCUAGUUCUUGCUGAUUUUUCCAGGGUUUCUUCAUUAACUAAUUUGAGUUUCAUCUUGUUUAAGUGGUUUUUCGGGAAUGGAUAUAGAUCUCUCAAAGGCUGUUAAUGGUGCUUGGUUCUCGUUCUCAUUAUUUACAUUGGUGCUUUUUCGUUCGAGUUUUUAGAACUUGAUAAAUGAUAAUUGGGGAAGUUGUAAAUAAAGAAUUUUGAUGAGUGUGAAUGAAUUCUCAUGUGGAUUGGGUAAUGCAAU